CCCGUCUGGAUACGGAAGCCGAGAGGCGUUCCUUCUGCUGCUUUUCAGCCUACCGCGGAGCUGGGCCGGGAGGGCCGCCCAGCCGGGCUGGCGGCGCCGGUGGCUGCAGUAGAGGAAGAAAAUGGCGGCGCCGCUGCUCUCUCUCUCCGAGGGAGAAGGCGCCCGGGCGCGGCGGCGGGAACAACUCCGUGCAUGGGCCGAGGCCGAGGCUGCUGCCGCCGCCGCUGCUGCUGCUCUUCUCCCGACCCCGCCUCCCGCCGUCUCCGCGCCUUCGCCCGCUCCGGCUGGGCUGCCGGCGUCCGCAGACGAAGCGCCGGGGAUGGGCUCCGGCGGCCGCCCGCGCGCGGUCCGUUUCGACGCGGCCGCCGAGUUUUUGGCCUGCUGCGCCGGCGCCGAGCUGGAAGCGGCGCGGGAAAUGCUCGGAGCCGACGCGGCGGCGGUGAACGGCACCAACGCGGACGGCAUCAGCGCUCUCCACCAGGCCUGCAUUGAUGAAAACAUGGAAGUGGUUGAAUUUCUGGUAGAAAAUGGAGCUGAUGUAAACCAGGCAGACAAUGAAGGUUGGACUCCGCUGCACGUUGCUGCCUCCUGUGGCUACAAUGAGAUUGCACAAUACCUCUUGGACCACGGCGCCAACAUUGCUGCGGUGAAUAGUGACGGGGACGUCCCACUGGACAUUGCUGAGGCUGACAGCAUGGAAGCCUUGCUGCGAGCAGAAAUCGAGAAACGAGGGGUAGAUGUAGAGGUAGCCAAGCGAGAGGAAGAAGAGAUGAUGCUUCGUGAUGCUCGCCAUUGGCUGAAUGACGGCAAAAUAUCUGAUGAGCCUCACCCCAAAACUGGGGCCACUGCCCUCCAUGUGGCGGCUGCUAAAGGCUACGUCGAGGUCAUGAGGCUGCUCUUGCAAGCUGGCUAUGACACCAAUGUGCAGGACAAAGAUGGCUGGGCGCCCCUACAUGCAGCAGCUCACUGGGGAGUGGAGGAGGCCUGCCGGCUUUUGGCUGAGCACUUCUGUGACAUGGAGGCCCUCAACAAUGUGGGCCAGCGUCCUUGCGAUCUUGCAGAUGAAGAUACUUUGGCGCUGCUGGAGGACCUGCAGCAUAAACAAGACGAUUUGCGCAGCAAAAAGGAAGCCCAUCGGCAGGCUGUGAUUGACACGAGCUUGGAACAGGCCCCCUCGUAUACAAGCAAGCAUCGAAGGAGCUCCGUGUGCCGCAUGAGCAGCAAAGAGAAGAUCUCCGUCCAAGACCAGUCAAAGGAGCGGAAGACCUUGGGUACCAUUGCUGUUGGCGAAGAGGAAACCAGCUCGGCUUCGGAGGGGGAUGAAACACCAGAGUCCAAUGAAGUGAAGGCUGUUCCCCCAGCAGACAGUGGUGCAGUGAAUGGAGUGUCUGUGACUCCUAUUAAGCCUCUCUCCCCGUGUCCUCUUGGGCCAAAGUUCAUUGGAGGUCCCAGCCGCACCACGGAGCCAAGUAGCUUGCCAGCUCCAGCCACCUGGAGGCAGAGCCUGCGCAAGACCAGCAGCUUCGGUGUAUUGCAGGAUGCCAAGCUGGAUGAAGGGGCGUCCAAGGGGGGCAGCGGCAUCAAGCGCUCGGCAUCCAGUCCUCGGCUUGAUACAGAAGAAAAGAACAAAGAACCACGCCUGGCACGAGUAAUUCCAACUCCCACUCGCCGGAUCUUUGCCCUCCCAGAUACAGAACCCCACCGAGAUCCCCGGCGCACGUCAUACCAGAUGCCAGUGAGAGACGAAGAGUCUGAAUCCCAAAGAAAGGCCCGUUCUAGGCUCAUGAGACAAUCCAGGCGUUCCACACAGGGAGUAACCCUUACGGACCUAAAGGAGGCUGAGAAGACCAUGGUCUGGACCAGUGAUUCCAAAACUCCUUCAGAGCAGAGGAACAAGGAGGAUGAAAAGCGGGACAAAGAUGGGGAACAGCAAUCUCAGGAGACCACGGACUCCGCUAGGCGAUUCCGGCUCCUCAGUUCAGACAGUUCUUCAGUUUCUACUGUGAAUCCGUUAGUGGUGAAUUCGCAGCUCCAAAAAGGAACAGAAGUUGAUAAGGCUGGCUCUGAGUUGGAUACAGACCUUCGGAACAGAUUGGCUAUUCGAGACCGCAGGAAAGGCCGGCGAGAGAGGCGCAUCACUGGGCUGGGAGGAAACUCAGAGGGGGAAGAAGAUGAAGACACUGAACAACCCCUCAAUGAAGACCCAUCCAUGCAUAGCAGUGAUCACUUAAACAGCCUUCUGCCAAACCGAACAGCACCUCCUGGCGGCCAGAGAGGGAACAGCACGCUGUCGGGCUGCAGAGAAGAACCAGACAACUAUUACAAGAAACUGUAUGAAGAUCUCUUGAUUGAGAAUGAAAAGCUGAAGGAACAGUUGCAGGAGGCGCAGCUCCAACUCACGCAGAUUAAGCUGGAGCUGGAAAGAGUGACCCAGAGACAGGAGCGUUUUGCUGAACGACCGGCUCUCCUAGAACUAGAGAGAUUUGAGCGUCGAGCUUUGGAAAGGAAAGCUGCUGAGCUGGAGGAGGAACUGAAGGCUCUUUCAGAUUUGAAGGCCGACAACCAGCGUCUGAAAGACGAAAACGCCGCUCUUAUUCGUGUGAUCAGCAAGCUCUCCAAGUGACCACCGGCUGCUGUCACUGUCCCCCAUUCCCCGUCCCCCGGUUUCUCUGUGAAGAGCAGGGACCUUCCUCCGCACACCCCACCACCACGUGUACCGAGAUCCUGAUAGGGGUGCUCACCUCCCACCCACCACCCAGACACUCCAAAGGUGGGCUUUUUCCCAGGCUCGGCCAAAUAGGCACCACCAACUAUUGUUUUCCCCCCAGAGGUUUGUCUUGACGCCCCGCUUCUCCUUUCCCAGCCCUUCCCAGAGACAGUAUUUAUUUUGUGGCUUCCUUCAGUGAUGCUCUUUGCUUUGUUGCUUUUCCUCCAGGGAACAAGGGUCGUAGGGAUGAUAGGGAACAGUCUUUCUGGGGACCCAUAGGAGUGGGGUGGCCACCAUUCUUGCUGUGGGGAAAUGUGAUUAACAGGCCUUCUUGACAACUAGGUGGUUAGGGUGUCCCUUACGGUUAAACUUGGCAGCCCCAAGAGCAAGGUUACCCAGUAGCGGCCACGCCAUUGGUUGGAAGAAAUAUUUCAGAUCCCCAGAGUUCUUCCAUCACCACCAUCCUGGCUAGCCAUCCUGGUAGGCAUUAAGGGAUUGGGUGGAAGGUGUCAUCUGGUCUUUGCAAGCUAAAAGAAGUGAGCAGUUGGAUUGUAGCAGUCUCAGCCAGCCCAGAGCCAUGAGAGAUCUCUUGGCCAUUCAUCAGCGGUGGCUGGAAAGUUGUGUCUGAUUAACCUGUGAGGAUGACAAUGAGUAUCAGUGGUUGAGUGUGAGAAGCAGCAAUGCUGAGGAGAUUCUGCUCCUUUCUCUUUGCAUCUUAACACUCAGGUGCAAAUAUUGGGUUGUCCCCUCUCUGGUCUUUGAAUGUCUAUAAAAGUCAGGUAGAUUUUUCAGAAUUUGUACCUGGGCUUUCUUGCCUAACUCAGGCCAAAGGAAACCUGCCUCUUCCUUCCUUCCUUCUUUCCUUCUGCCAUUUGGACCGUAGCCUUCUGCCAACACCCAGCCUGGUGAUGAGGCUGGCACUAUCACCGUGAGGUUUGAAGCCAAUAAGAGAGGCCAUAGCCAAAAACCACACUUGACACGGUGACAUGAAUUGCCAGCCUUCACUCCUGUUCCUCCGGCAGCUGUGCCUCCUUGACCUUUCAUUUUCUAGCUCCCUGGGCACCAUUUGUCACCCAGAAGAAAUCUGGAGUUCCAGCUUAGUGGCUGUCCCAUAUUUUGCUUCCUUGCACGCAUGCAAUCCAAUACUUUCAAUGUUAAAACUGAGGGCUAGAAGUACUUCAAAGUGAAACUGAGGGCUAAAAGUAAUUCCAAGAGAAAAACGGGUCCAAAGUACUCCCCCGAAAAUCCUGUUUGUGUCUGUGUGUGUGUUUUUCCUGCGCUAUCAUGAGCCAAGAUUCCUUUGCCAAAAUAAAUAAUCCCUUCCUUUUCUGCCAUGCCCCCCUCCUCCAAUUCCCCACUUUUUUUCCCCUCCAUUUAUCCUGGUCCGGGGACUCCCCCACCUCACUCCAUAAAUACCUGUACAUAACAGAAGUAUUUUCUAUAUGGCUGCAUUGCCAACAAAUACCAGAAGAAAAAUGCAGAGAAACUUAAAUGUGCAAUAUCGCAUGAGUAUUUUUUUUUCCAAAGAAGUCUCUAUAUUGUACUUGUUUAUUUAGCAGCACAGCUGCCAUUGUUUUAAAGAACAGGAAAUUUAAAUUUACCGUGUUUGAAUAUAAUAAAAUAAAAAUAAAAAUUGGUAUUUGAA